CAGGGAUGAGAAGGGGGCCGCUUUCAUAACUACUCCCCCCGCCCGCGCCCCGCCCCACCCCGCCCUCGCUGGGGUCUCCACAGCGCUCUGCCUGUCCCUACUCCUUGCUCUGAGCCCGGCUCCUCCUCUCAGCCGGGAAGCUGCGAGCCCGGCCGUUUCGCGGGCUCAGGGCGGGCGGGCUUCCCUGAGGCUCCCCAGCCCGAGUGCCGGACGAGAGCGCGGGCUGAGGAGAAGCUGCGAGUGAAGCGGCGCAGCGGACGAGUUAGGGGCCGGGUGAGGGACGCUGUCGCUUCCGACAGGAGAUAGGGCAGUAGCGGCGGGCUGAGGCGAGGUGGGGAGGAUUGGUCCCUCGUGUCCUGAGUGGGGUGGCUUCGGAGGCCAGCGGGGGAGGCAGCUGUGGUGGCACUGCGCUUGGGGAGAGUACGGACUGCGAGCGGGGUGCCGAGCCCCCCUCUGGCGGAGAGAUCGGGGCGCCCCCCCCUCCCCGCAGGAGGAACCUAGCGCGGCUCCGCCAUCCCUCCCCCGCGCGCCGAGCUCUUUCGCGCUGGCGCUGCGGGCUGCUGGGGGCUAAAUAAGGGGGCGCAACGGGGCCGCCGCCCCCGGGACGGGCGGGCCGUGAGUGAGGCGGGGCGGCGGCCGCGGGGGCCGCGGGGGCCGCGGGCGCUAGGGCGCGGGCGGCACGGGGGCGAGGGGGCGGGGAAGCGCGAAGAGCCAAGGAGGGCAGGCGACGGGCGGGCGGGCGGCCGGGCAGCCCUCCUCGCUACCCGCUUUGAGCCGCUGGCCCACGCCGCAGUGUGUUUUGUGGACGGCGCCUUCCCAGAUAGCCCAGGAGAGCCCAGCCCAGCGCCGGACAGCCUUGGACGCGAUGUUCCGCCGGACCUUCAGUCGUUUUUGUGCUGGAGAAGAGAAACGUGUUGGUACACGCACAGUGUUUGUUGGCAAUCAUCCAAUUUCAGAAACCGAAGCUUACAUUGCACAAAGAUUUUGCGAUAAUAGAAUAGUCUCAUCUAAGUAUACACUUUGGAAUUUCCUCCCAAAGAAUCUGUUUGAACAGUUUAGAAGAAUUGCAAAUUUUUAUUUUCUCAUCAUUUUCCUUGUACAGGUCACAGUAGACACACCAACUAGCCCAGUUACCAGUGGACUUCCACUUUUCUUUGUCAUAACUGUUACAGCCAUCAAACAGGGGUAUGAGGAUUGGUUGAGACACAGAGCUGACAAUGAAGUCAACAAAAGCACUGUUUAUAUUAUUGAAAAUGCAAAACGAGUGAGAAAAGAAAGUGAAAAAAUAAAGGUUGGUGAUGUAGUAGAAGUACAGGCAGAUGAAACUUUUCCCUGUGAUCUUAUUCUUUUAUCAUCCUGCACCACUGAUGGAACCUGUUAUGUCACAACAGCCAGCCUUGAUGGGGAAUCCAAUUGCAAGACACAUUAUGCAGUACGGGAUACCAUUACACUGUGUACAGCUGAAUCCAUUGAUACCCUCCGAGCAGCAAUUGAGUGUGAACAGCCUCAACCUGACCUCUACAAAUUUGUUGGACGAAUCAAUAUCUAUAGUAACAGUCUUGAGGCUGUUGCGAGGUCUUUGGGCCCUGAAAAUCUGUUGCUGAAAGGAGCUACACUAAAAAAUACCAAGAAGAUAUAUGGAGUUGCUGUUUACACUGGGAUGGAAACGAAAAUGGCUUUGAACUACCAAGGGAAAUCUCAAAAACGGUCUGCUGUCGAAAAGUCCAUUAAUGCCUUCCUGAUUGUGUAUUUAUUUAUCUUACUUACCAAAGCUGCAGUAUGCACUACUCUAAAGUAUGUUUGGCAAAGUACUCCACACAAUGAUGAACCAUGGUAUAACCAAAAAACUCAGAAAGAGCGAGAGACUUUAAAGGUUUUGAAAAUGUUCACUGACUUCUUAUCAUUUAUGGUUCUGUUCAACUUUAUCAUUCCUGUCUCCAUGUAUGUCACAGUAGAAAUGCAGAAAUUCUUGGGCUCCUUCUUCAUCUCAUGGGAUAAGGACUUUUAUGAUGAAGAAAUUCAUGAAGGAGCCCUGGUUAAUACAUCAGACCUUAAUGAAGAACUUGGUCAGGUGGAUUAUGUAUUUACAGAUAAAACCGGAACACUCACUGAAAACACAAUGGAAUUCAUUGAGUGCUGCAUAGAUGGACACAAGUAUAAAAGUGUAACUCAGGAAGUUGAUGGAUUGUCUCAAACUGAUGGACCUUUAACAUAUUUUGACAAAGCAGAUAAGAAUCGAGAAGAGCUAUUUCUGCGUGCCUUGUGUUUGUGUCAUACUGUAGAAAUUAAAACAAAUGAUGCUGUUGAUGGAGUUACAGAGUCAGCUGAAUUAACCUAUAUUUCCUCUUCACCAGAUGAAAUAGCUUUAGUGAAAGGAGCUAAAAGGUACGGGUUCACAUUUUUAGGAAAUCGGAAUGGACUUAUGAGAGUAGAGAACCAAAGAAAAGAAAUAGAAGAGUAUGAACUUCUUCACACCUUAAACUUUGAUUCUGUUCGCCGACGAAUGAGUGUAAUUGUAAAGACUCAACGAGGAGAUAUACUUCUUUUUUGCAAAGGAGCAGAUUCAGCUAUUUUUCCCAGGGUGCAAAAUCAUGAAAUUGAGUUAACCAAAGCUCACGUGGAACGUAAUGCAAUGGAUGGAUAUCGGACACUCUGUGUAGCCUUCAAAGAAAUUGCUCCAGAUGAUUAUGAAAGGAUUAACAGACAGCUCUUAGAGGCAAAAAUGGCCUUACAAGACAGAGAAGAAAAAAUGGAAAAGGUUUUUGAUGAUAUUGAGACGAACAUGAAUUUAAUUGGAGCCACUGCAGUGGAAGACAAGCUUCAAGAUCAAGCUGCCGAGACCAUUGAAGCUCUGCAUGCAGCAGGCCUGAAAGUCUGGGUGCUAACUGGAGACAAGAUGGAGACAGCAAAAUCCACAUGCUAUGCCUGCCGCCUUUUUCAAACCAGUACUGAGCUCUUGGAACUAACCACAAAAACCAUUGAAGAAAGUGAAAGGAAGGAAGAUCGAUUACAUGAAUUGUUGAUAGAAUAUCGUAAGAAGUUGCUGCAUGAAUUUCCUAAAAGUACUAGAAGCCUUAAAAAAGCAUGGACAGAACAUCAGGAAUAUGGAUUAAUUAUUGAUGGCUCCACAUUGUCACUUAUCCUAAAUUCUAGUCAAGAUUCUGGUUCAAACAAUUAUAAAAGCAUUUUUCUACAAAUUUGCAUGAAGUGUACCGCAGUGCUAUGCUGCCGGAUGGCACCAUUACAAAAAGCCCAGAUUGUCAGAAUGGUGAAGAAUUUAAAAGGCAGUCCAAUAACACUGUCAAUAGGUGAUGGUGCCAAUGAUGUUAGUAUGAUCUUGGAAUCCCAUGUGGGAAUAGGUAUUAAAGGUAAAGAAGGUCGCCAAGCAGCCAGGAAUAGUGAUUAUUCUGUUCCAAAGUUUAAACAUUUAAAGAAACUGCUAUUGGCUCAUGGACAUCUAUAUUAUGUGAGAAUAGCACACCUUGUACAGUAUUUCUUCUAUAAGAACCUUUGUUUCAUUUUGCCACAGUUUUUAUACCAGUUCUUCUGUGGAUUCUCACAACAGCCCCUGUAUGAUGCUGCUUAUCUUACAAUGUACAAUAUCUGCUUCACUUCCCUGCCCAUUCUGGCUUACAGUCUACUGGAACAGCACAUCAACAUUGACACACUGACCUCAGACCCCCGGUUGUAUAUGAAAAUUACUGGUAAUGCCAUGCUACAGUUGGGCCCCUUCCUAUAUUGGACAUUUCUGGCUGCCUUUGAAGGGAUGGUGUUCUUCUUUGGGACUUACUUUCUUUUUCAGACUGCAUCCCUGGAAGAAAAUGGAAAGGUGUAUGGAAACUGGACUUUUGGAACCAUUGUUUUUACAGUCUUAGUAUUCACUGUAACCCUGAAGCUUGCCUUGGAUACUCGAUUCUGGACAUGGAUAAAUCACUUUGUGAUUUGGGGUUCUUUAGCCUUUUAUGUAUUUUUCUCAUUCUUCUGGGGAGGAAUUAUUUGGCCUUUUCUCAAACAACAGAGAAUGUAUUUCGUAUUUGCUCAAAUGCUGUCUUCUGUAUCCACAUGGUUGGCCAUAAUUCUUCUAAUAUUUAUCAGUCUUUUUCCUGAGAUUCUCCUGAUAGUAUUAAAGAAUGUAAAAAGAAGAACUGCUAGGGUAACGAAACGCCUCCCUUCCUCAGGAACAUCUACUAUCUUCAUGCUUUCUCAAACUUCCAGCAAUCACAGUUUCUCUUGGAGUGAAUAAGAAUCCGAAUCUUGAGCUGCCUAUGUUAUUGUCCUACAAGCAUAUUGACAGUGGUUACAGCUAAAAGAGAAAGCGUGAAGAAACAACUACAAAAAGUUAUCAUCUCAGGAUACUCCAUAUGCAACAAACUAAACCACUCUCUUAUGUCUAGGGUUCAGAUUAAAUAUCCAUUAAAAUACCAAAUGACUCUGUUAAGCAUUUACCAUUAUUGUAAGUAGCCCUUAUGACCAGAGCUAUAAGUUAAGAAUCACAUGAAAGUUGAAAGCAAGACUACUUAGAUUUCUGCCUUUAGAUAGAAUACUAUAACUACCAAAUGGGUGUUCUUUUAACCCAUUGACUUUGUGAAUGGAUUUAACUUACAAUAGUAUUAAGUAGAAGUCAUGUAACGGGAAUGAAUAGAUUUUGCUAAUACAGUAUUACUUUUUUUGCCUGGCAGAAAACAUAGUCUGUUUGGAUCACAUUUCUUGCUCCUGCUGAAUGAUCAUCUUAAAUUAUUGUUUUUUCAAACAUACAAAGGAAUACUUGAAAAUAAAGAACUAAAUGGUAUUGAUGCAUCAGAUAGAAUAGUUAAUUCAUCUUUUCUGUUAACCCACAUGCUAAUUGUAUCUUGGCAUAACAUGCUUGCCAGAAAAUACCUUGAACAUGUAUGUGGAAAGUGUUAACUCUGGAUAUUAUUGUGGGAACAGAAAAAAUGGUUUAUUUUGUUUUUUCCCUCUGAAUUAAACUCCACUUAUGGAUGUAAGGCUACUAGACUUGAAAAUAAAGCAUACAACAUUUCAAUCACUUAAUAGCCCCUGAAAAUAAGAUAUAAGCAGAUUUUUCCGAUGUCAGUUUUACAGGAAUCUGAAGUAAGGUGGGCAAAACCAUAGUUAUGCAAAAAUAAAGGCCAUUCUGAACAUUAGCCUUUUAUAAUUUUAUAUGGAGAAAAAAUAAAUAUAGCUGAUUUUAAACUAUUAACAGUUUUUAUUUUAAAGAGGUUGCAUUUAUGCAUAUAUAAAGCACUUUUUUUUGUCAAUUUGGGAAGGGUCGAGAUCCAUCCCAUGACAGUGGUUCAGCCUGUAUAGGAGCCAUGACUCUGUGAAUAUGAAUGUUGUUUCUAGUAGCUAACUUGACCAGGGUCCUGGUCUAACUAUAAACCAUGAGACCUUGGUAUAGUCCUCAACCUGCUGGACUAAAAGGAGAUUUUAGCCUCCUAACGAGUUCACUUAAAAUAUAAAAAUAAAUGUGAAAUGUCUUUUCAUUGUCAAAAUUAAACACACUUUUUGGACACAAAUGAUCAUAUUUGACUGCUACAUUAAAAUAGUCUUUAAAACAUAUUCAUAUCAUUUUCCUUUUUUUUGUUUGUCUUUCUGGUACGCCUAUACUGUUACCAGUAUUUAUAUUGUAUUUGGUUUUGGAAAAGUAUUGGAUUCAGUCUGUACCAAUAUAUUUAUAUAGUCCAUAUGGCACAUUUGAUUGUUCUGUAUAUGUUUUGUGUUAAUGUUUAGGUGUAAUUUUUCUUAUAUUGUAGAAAGUACAUAAUUUCAGUUAUCAGAGACUAUUCCAUCAUUAUUCUCCCUUCAUUAUUUCAUUUGUUCUCAUCCAUCAGUGUUAUUUUUUGAGUAUUUUGUUAAGAUAUCAUUCACAGCUUACUUAAGUAUGCUGUGUUCUGGUAACCUGUAUUUAAGGUGAUCUACGGAAAACAGUCUUUAUAUUCUUUGCCUAUCCCAAAGAGCUAAAAAAGUCUAACCCAGGAAAGCUUGUGAGUUUGGUUCUUGUUCUCGUUCUUAAAGGUGUUGUUCCUGUAUUGUUAUUAUUGUUUUACUUAAGAACCAUAGGGACUGUGAAUACAGACAGAGAGCAACAGUAAAGGUUUAUUUAAUGCAGAACCAUUGGAAAGUUGACAUAUUCAGAGUAUCCAGGGUAGUAGAAAUAUAACUGGUUGUGUAUAAAAUUCCUUGCAGCCAGGAAUAAAGUUGGAUGAGAGGAGUAAGGGGAAUGUCAAGUCAUGCCUCACCUCCAUGUGAUACUGUACACUCAGCUCAAAUUUAAUAAGGCCAUGAUGUAUAAUAUCAUGGCCUAGAUUCUUAAAGAGGACCUAGCUUUUGUUUUUGAAAGAUAUUUUAUUAAUGAGCUAAAAAAAUGGCCAGCAUGGAAUUAGUAUAUGGACUAACUUUAUAUAAGUUGUCCAGUAUUCCUAACACUACAGUCCAACCACGCUGUUUUGUGACAAAGGAGAAAAAUGUUAGAGUAGGAUCAAAUACCCAUAAUUUGAAUAAUUCUGAGCUAUCAAAAUGUCCUUGUUAUUUUCACAACUGUUGUCCAUUGUUUGAUGAUGUUACCUAUUAAAAUGAAAACAUUCAUUCCUUAUCUACAACAUAUACACCAGCAGCAAUAUAAAUGUUACCCUAAAUUUGCAAAAUCCCUAAUAAUUUAGUGAUGGAAUUUUUUAAUAACAUACGGUAUAUAAAUGUGCAGAUUUUAUGCAAAUAUUAAUCAUUUUUCAGCUUGCAAAAUGGACCUGCAAUAUUACAUUUUCCACUUACACAAUUUUUUACAUCUAUGUUUUUGCUUUCUAAAAUGAAUGUGAAUGCCAUCUUUUAUGAAUGCAACUUGCCUUUUUCAUUACAGAAAUUUUUGUUUGAUGUAAUCAAUAAACUUUGGUAUGAUA